CUUUCCUCUCCGGCUCCCCCACCACUUCUCGCCCGCCUUCCUCUUAUUCAUAGCAGAAGCGCCUCAGCGCUGAUUGGUCGGAGCGUGGUGCGAUUUCAGCCAAUCAUAAGCGAAGCUGGGCUUCUACACUACCAAGAGAGCGAAUCGUGGGGAGAGCACCCCUACGAUUGGUCCCUCUAUGACAAGGUUUUAAUUUUGAAUCUUUCUUUAUGGCGUGAAGAGACCGCUGUUCGGACUCCGUCUAAUCCCCAGGCUGUCAGACUAGGGUCGCCUCUACAGGUCCGCGGAGGGAGGAGAUUGCGCCGCCAGUAGAAUCCGAGAACUGAAAAUCAUGCCCAAGUUCAGACAACGAAGAAGAAAGCUAAAAGCUAAAGCCAAGAGAUUAGUCAAAAAAAAAGAAGCCUCUCAAUUCCAAUCCAAACUAGUUACCCCUCCCCCUCCACCACCCUCACCAGAAAGAACGGUUAUUCCUUCAACAGUUCUACCCCAUAGUACAAACUGGCUCAGACCAUCCUGGAACUUCAAAUUUCCCAACAUCAAAGACGUGAUAAAAUGUUGGACAAAUAGAGUGUGGUCAGUGUACAGCUGGUGCCAGAGCUGUGUAGCACAGAGUUUAGAAAUAUUGAAAGAUACCAUCUUUCCAUUCCGAAGCUGCCAUCGAGAACUUCAUAGUCUACAACAACAAGUUUGCGUUUUGGAAAGUGAAUUAUGCAAGCUCCAGGAGACACUGAAGACCCUCACAGAAAAGUCUUGCCCAAGCUGUGGUCAGUGGUGUCACACGAGUGGUGAACUUACAAAUGUGUCCGCCUGUGCUCUAGCCAGCCCCAGAGACUCCCGAGCCACACUUCCGUCCACAUUGCCAGCGCCAGGCAGCUACCUUCCUCCCCCGCCGCCGCCUCCACCCCCGCCGCCUCCCCCUCUGCCGCCUCCUCCACCACCACCAGCUCCUGUGCUGCUCACCAAACCCAGCCUCUCUACAUCGCUUCAGGCUGAAGCAUUAAGAAAGGAUGGACCCAUGCAGAUAACAGUUAAAGAUCUACUGACUGUGAAAUUAAGGAAGACACAGUAUACUGAUGAAAAUAGGAAGCUUAUACCAUCACCGAAAGCACGGAAUCCACUAGUUACUGUCUCUGACCUGCAGCGUGUUACCCUGAAACCUAACUCCAAAGUGUUAUCAACACGAGUUACAAAUGUCUUAAUUACUCCAAGUAAAAGCCAGGUAGAUCUGCGGAAGCUUCUUAGAAAAGUUGACGUGGAGAGGAGCCCAGGGGGAACUCCUCUGAUCAAUAAAGAAAAUAUGGAAACAGGAACUGGACUUACCCCUGUAAUGACCCGAGCCUUGAAGAAAAAAUUUCAGCUGGCUCACCCUAGAAGCCCAACUCAAACUCUGCCACUUUCUACAAGCAGCUUCGAUGAACAAAACUGAUGCCAACUCUGCCUGACUCCAUGUGAUGAUCCAUCAAAUGUACAGAUGAAAUCACCCAAAUCUUUUCUUAAUAUAGAAUCUGCUUAACUAUGCUAAUAUAAUUUCAUUUGAAGACCAGAGUAUGUGUGGAACCUGUGCAUAUCGGGUGUUUUCUAAUUUGCAUGAUGGUUAAAGAACCAGACGGCAAAAUACAGUCUGCAAAAUGGUGUUUAUCCUGGAAUUACCCAACUUAGGUUGCACCCAGAGGCUGUUGAAAUUUAGUUAACUCCAAUUUGUAUUGAUAGGUGCAAUUAGGACUUUAAGAAUAAAGUCUGAAGCUGGGUGUGGUGAAGCAUGCCUGUAAUUCCAACUGCUCAGGAAGCUAAGGCAGAAGGAACACAAAUUCAAGGCCAGGCUGGAUAACUUAGUGACACUGUAUCUCAAAGUAAAUCUGAUAUAGUCAGGCAUGGUGGCACAUGACUGUAGUCCCAGCUACUUGGGAGGCUGAGGCAGGAAGAUCAUGUGAGCUGACAAAUUCACAAAAUUGACAAAUGGGCAACAUACUGAAAUCCCUUCUCAAAAAAAGAAAAAAGACAAUAGUGUAAUUCCUAUUCAUCCUAUUUAUUUCAGGCAACUAAAAAGAUUUUUUUGGGGGGGUUAAGAUAGGGUCUCCCUCUGUAGUUUAGGUUGGCCUUGAACUUACUAUG